GGCGGCGGCGGCAGCGGGAGGACGCGGGCGGCGGCGGCGAGGCGGCCAUGGGCCCGGCGGGGCGUGCCGGGGCUGCGGGCCCCGAGGCCUCGGGCCGCGUCGCGGGGCGGGCAGACUUCCGGGCAGGAACUGACAGGCGACGGAGCGGCGGCCGGCGCGCGUAGCGCCGCGACCAUGCGGCAGGCCCUGCGGGGCCCCGGGUGGCGAGGCGGCGGCGGCGGCGGCGCGCGGGCGGGCGGGGAUGCUGUCCCGAAAGAAGACCAAGGGCGAGGCGCGCAAGCCGGCCGAGGUGCAGGGGAAGUACGUGAAGAAGGAGACGUCGCCCCUGCUGCGCAAUCUCAUGCCUUCAUUCAUCCGGCACGGUCCAACAAUUCCAAGGCGAACUGAUAUCUGUCUUCCAGAUUCAAGCGCUAAUGCCUUUUCAGCUUCUGGAGAUGGAAUGGUUUCAAGAAACCAGAGUUUCCUUAGAACUCCAAUUCAAAGAACACCUCAUGAAAUAAUGAGAAGAGAAAGCAACAGAUUAUCUGCACCUUCUUACCUUGCCAGGAGUCUAGCAGAUGUCCCUAGGGAAUAUGGCUCUUCUCAGUCAUUUUUAACAGAAGUUAAUUUUGCUGUUGAAAAUGGAGACUCUGGUUCCCGAUAUUAUUAUUCAGAUAAUUAUUUUGAUGGUCAGAGAAGGCGCCCACUUGGAGAUCGUGCGCCUGAAGACUACAGAUAUUACGAAUACAACCAUGAUCUCUUCCAAAGAGUGCCGCAGAGUCAGGGGAGGCAUACUUCAGGUAUUGGGAGAGCUGCUGCUACAUCUUUAGGAAAUUUAACUAACCAUGGUUCUGAAGACCUGCCCCUUCCUCCUGGCUGGUCUGUGGACUGGACAAUGAGAGGGAGAAAAUAUUACAUAGAUCACAACACAAAUACAACUCACUGGAGCCAUCCUCUUGAGCGAGAAGGACUCCCUCCAGGAUGGGAGCGAGUUGAGUCGUCAGAAUUCGGAACCUAUUAUGUGGACCACACGAAUAAGAAGGCUCAAUACAGGCAUCCCUGUGCUCCCAGAAGAACCAGAGCAACCCUGAUAGCUGUGUCGGGCCCUGGCCCCUUCUCCUGCUCUCUGUACCAUCUCAGGCAAGCUGCUGGCCUCUGUUGGCAGGCCUGUGACAUGGAGGGUAAUUCGGAGCCCCCCUCCCACCUGAUCUUGAUCCCCACCCAAGGGCAGGGUGUACCUCGGUAUGAUCAGCCACCUCCUGUCACAUACCAGCCUCAGCAAACUGAAAGAAACCAGUCCCUGCUGGUACCUGCAAAUCCGUAUCACACUGCAGAAAUUCCUGACUGGCUUCAGGUUUAUGCUCGAGCCCCUGUGAAAUCUGUGCUACAGCAGGGAUACAGUGGGAAGUGUACAUCCUCACAGGGGAGAGCAUCUUGUAAAUGAGUGAUGCAAUGCCUCACGGUAAACAUAAGGACCCAGGUGUGUCCUAGGUGCAUGAGUGAAACAAAGCAGGACAUGGGGUGAGGAAGUAACACAUGUACUGGCUGCAGGUCCCAGGGUAAGAUGAUCUGAAUUCACUGAUGCUUUUUAGCUCUGUAACCCUGGGCGGGGUGCUUAACUUAGUUUGUCAUCCAUAAAUUGGGGAUAGUGAUAGUACCUACUUUAAGGUAAUUAAGAAUUCAGUAAAAUAAUGCAUCUGAAGUGUUUAUCACAGUGCCUUGCACUCUGAGAGAGCUUAAGAAAUGAUUAUUCUAAUUAUUAGGGGUAGAGAUAGAGAAUAGUUAUUAAGAUCACUCAGGAAGGAAACUGAGUGCGAUUUCUGGCUCCAUCUCCUAUUCACUGAAUGACCUCGGGCGAGUUACUAAACUUAGAUCUCACCAUUUUUCCUCUACUGAAACACGGGGGAUAAUAAUCUGAUCUACCUCACUCAGUGUGCUGAGGCUUAAAAGUGAUCAUGCAUUUUAGAGCUCAUGGCACAGUGGCUGCCUUGCACAAGCUCUUUAACGGUUUCUUAGUAUUAUCAUGAGUGGAACAUGGAAAGCUGCACUGAAGAGGAAAAUCCAUGGGCUGGUUUUUAAGGAUUGCUAUGAGUUUGCCAGGCUCAUUGAGGGUAUUAUUGGGUGCCAUAGUAAGCACUGUUCUUGGAAUAUAAUCAUAAGUAAUUGAAAUCUUUGCCUCAAAGAGCUUCUCUCUUCUGGGAAAAGAGAAGUAGGUACUCAGAUCAAUAACCCAACUUGAUAAGGCUUUAGUAACAGUGGUAUAUACAAAGUGCUGUGAUUUGAGGAAAGGGGGUGUUUGAAAGAAAAUACUUAGUGAUUAUCCAGUGCUUCCUGCAUACCUUACUGUGCUCAACUUUUAGGUAUGUUAUCUCAUAUAAUCAUCCCAAAACCCAUUUUACAGGUGGAAAAAAAAACAGGCUUUAUCUCUGCUAAGAUCAUACCGCUAUUAAAUUCCUGAUACUUUGCUAGCCAUUUUACAUGUACUUUUAACAACUAUAUCAGGUAACAUUCAGUUACUGUUUAUUUCCCUUUUAUAUUUCAGAAACCAAAAUUAUGAGCAUAAAAAUAGCCCAAAGAAGAGUUUUAGAGAGUUUAGGAUGAUUAGACAAUGAAUUUGAAAUAAAAUAAUUAAAUCUUUGAUAUUCAAAAGGAAUGUAAAACCUUUCAUAUAUACUUUUUUUGUGAAUUAGUAACUCUUUUCUGUAAUUUUAAAGGAUGAUCAUUGAAAUAAAAUUUCCAGGAGGUUAAGCCAACUCUGAUCUAAAUUUUUACCAUCUUAUUAUGUAUUUACCAGCCCUUUACGUGUGUGUGUGUGUGUGUGUGUGUACAGGUGCCUUUAGCCUAGAGAUUUUAAAAAUUAUUUUUUCUUGCUUAGAGCCUUUUGUUCUUAUCAGGCUUUUAAUUUGAAUAGUUGGUAGGUUACCUAAAGGAUAUUUCUCUUAAUUAUUUGACCAUGAUUCUGUUCAUUUAAGCUAGUUUAACGUUCUCAUAAAGUUAUUGGUCAUUUGCUGUGAAUUAUGUAUUAAAUUUUGGCCAACGUAAACAUUCCCUUACUUCCCUCUGUUCUUUUCAGUCUGUAAAUUCACAGCUGUUGAUCUGUGGCCUGAUGAAGAGAGACAAGAUGAUCUUUUAGGGUUAUACUCUAAAAGCAUCCAUGUUGUGUUUUUUUUUUCCUCCUGAGCCAAAUUUAAGCCCUGGCAAUGUAAUUUUUAAAAAGCUUUUAACUAUAGACAAUCUGCAGGGUAUAGACAGUGCUUGUCAAAAGUUUGGUUUUAGUUUACUUGAAAUUAGGUACACAUUUGUUUAUUUAGAAGUUUAGCAUGGUUUGGUGUCUGGGCUAAUGUACAGAAGGCUCCUUAUCUGGUAAUGUCUGUAUGGUAUAGGAACAGGAUAAGAAAUGACGGCAGAUGGACUUUGCUUCCUUUUUUCCCUCUCUUCCUUCACUCUUGAUACCACUUGACCUACUACUGUGUAUAGCCUUAGUUCAUAUGCUGAUCCUAAGUCAUAUAUAAUAUGUAUAUGUAUUUAUAUUUUCCCUAAGUCUGGAAGAAUAUGUGCCUAACUGUUAACCUUUGUUAUUUCUGGGAGUUGAUGAGAUUGAAGAGGGUUAUUCUUUCUACUCUGUUUCUACUCUAGUCAUUGUUAGAAGGAAGUAACUAAAAAGCCUUCCUUUUGGGGGGAAAAGAUAGUACUUAAAUGGAAUUCCUUGCUUCUUACAAAAAAGAAACAGACUCUUAAAGAUUAUAGUCCCUUUCAACUCUGGUUCUGUGAGCCAGCUAUAAACCUUUAGGAAGCUAGCAACUUAGUUUUUUCAAAUCCGUCAGAACUCUCCCAGAUUGGGCAAUACUGAUAAAAGAGAGCAAGUGCUUCUUUACUGCUUAAAAACUUAAACAAGAGAUCUAGAACCCCGUGGCUUUUUAGUUGAUCCUAAAUUUUUGUCUCUAAAGAGGAUGGAAAUGGUUAACAUUGUUCUGUCAACAAAGGGUAAGCUGUUAUCCAUGAAUUAAUUUAAUUUUUUAUUUUUUGAGGAAGAUUAGCCCUGAGCUAACAUCUGCUGCCAAUCCUCCUCUUUU